AAGUGAAUGUUUAUAAAUUGCACCAUUUACGUGGCGUCCUUGACUUCCGCUCUAAUUGUACGAAUAUGGCCGACUUUUUGUCUGUUUUGUUUUGUACGCGGUCACUGCAAACGACAAAGAGCAGUAGUAACAGCUACAUCCGUGUAUUAAAUUCUUUCGUAGGUUAUUACGGUAUUGUGUUGGGUUUAACAUUCACAGCCAUGGAGAUCACGUUUACUGGGAAACGCGCAUUAGUGACAGGAGCUGGAAAAGGCAUUGGUAGGGCCACUGCACUUGCUCUGGCACGUUGUGGAGCACAGGUCACGGCUGUCACACGCGCUAAGAAUGACCUGGACAGCCUUGUGCAGGGGUGUCCUUCCAUCAAGCCUGUGUGUGUGGACCUGUCGGACUGGGACGCCACAGAGCACGCGCUAAAAGGCGUAGGGCCUGUUGAUCUGCUGGUGAACAAUGCAGGCUGUGCUAAAUUGCAGCCCUUUCUCGAGAUCACGCAGGACCAGUUUGACAUGUCUUUCAAUGUCAAUGUGAAAGCAGCACUGCAUGUCGCACAAAUUGUAGCCAUUGGGAUGAAGACCAGGGGUACCGGUGGCUCCAUUGUGAACGUCUCCAGCCAAGCGUCCCAGUGUGCGUUCGCAGACCAUGCAGUGUACUGUGCCACCAAAGGAGCUCUCGACAUGCUCACCAAGGUGAUGGCUCUAGAGCUUGGGCCAUUUCAGAUUCGAGUGAACUCCGUGAACCCAACUGUGGUGAUGACAGAGAUGGGGAAAAAAGGAUGGAGUGAUCCCGUGAAGGCCAAAUCCAUGACAUCCCGCAUUCCACUGGGCAAAUUUGCAGAAGUGGAAGAUGUCGUAAACUCCAUAUUGUUCCUGCUGAGUGACAAGAGUGCCAUGACCAAUGGGGCGAUCCUACCAAUAGAUGGAGGCUUUCUUGCCUGCUAGGUGAUUGACAAAACAGCUAACAUUAACACUAGAUCACAUGCAGGAUAAUACAAGACUUUACCAAUGGGAGAUGAAUACAUCAGUGCUUAAAAGACUGGGUCAUACAGAACAUGAUGCUCAAUUCACACAUCCUUUAAGAUCCACGUACAGUACGUAUCAAUUUCAGCUUUGAAUGCAAAAAAAGACAGAGCUUAAUGCAGGAACAAACACUUACAAUACAAACACUUUAUUUUCAGUGUUUCCUCCAAUGCAACUGAUUUCUUAAAGUAAACGAUGUUAUAGAAUAUUGCAUUGACAAAACCCCUGUUGACAUUAGUCAACUUUUUUUUGCUGAGAUAUGUACUUCAACACUGGCACAUGAAUUUUAUCCCAUUUGCUCAUUCGUAACAAACAUUGUGAAAAGGUAUGGCAAAUAUUACUUUAAAUUGAUGGUUUACAAAUGGUGUUGUUUUAAAGUAAAUGGCUCUCGAUGAUGAAAAUAACACUAAAAAUACAAAUUAAGUAUGGGCAAAACAUUAAUACAUUUAUUAAAUAAUGCAUCCCUCAUUCAAAACAUUGUCAUUUUAAAUACAUUUUCACCACAUGGAAAUGUCUUUAGGCAGAUGUGAACAUAAUUUCUUCCCAUUUGUCCUCCAGCUUUUGAAUAAUCUACAAAGUGUAAGAAGUGGAAUGCUUGAGCACCUAUGUAGGUUACUGCCAGUGCGCAUUCAUUCAUUCUUUGUUUUUCUUUUUCUUUCUUUCUUUUCUUUCUUUCUUUCUUUUCUUUCUUCUUUCUGUGUCUCUCUCUCUCUAUCUCUCUCUCUCUCUCUCUCAUACGCACAGACACACAGAGCUUUCAAAACAGACACUUUCUGGGCUGGAAAGCUUCUGUGUCUGACAUGCAAAUCACUCCUGUAGUGUGUUCACACAAUCAUAUAAAGAUUCUUUCAUUAGUUUUUGAAUUCACAAAAGCUUGGAUCUUGGACACUAUAGCCAUAGGAACAUAUAUUCCCAUCGCAGAUGCUACUGUUAAUUAAUUACCUAGAUAAACAAUGGGUCUACCAUUAUAUUCCCAAAAGAUUACACAAAGCUAAUCUUCAUUUACAGAAGUAUUAAAUAACAAUCUUGAAUGAUUUAUACACCCAGCCAGCAGUUACAGUGGCUUCAUAUAAGUGGGAUGUCCUUGUAUGUGUUCCGUUGAUAACAAGUGCCAAGUGCUUACAACUUAUCAUUUAUAACUGUGGUUAAAGGGCCAAUAUGAACUGUACCAUUGACAGUACAUUUCAGUAUGACUGUUUCAGUACAACUGUAUAGGAGUAAAUGUGUAGUUUUCCAUAAAAACUGUCUACCA